AAGUCACUGUUGGGUCGGGGACGGUGGGCCUCGGGAGCGCAGGCGGUGAGGCCAGGUGCAGCCAGGAGCCCUCGGGCCCGCCCUUGCGCGCCGGCUCAGGUUACCUGCGGCCGUGGGUGGGGCGGGCCUUCCCGUCUGCACCGGCCCCCAGCCUCCCGGGCGGCAGAGCCGGGAAGUGGGAGAGGGAGCGAAGUAGGCGGAGACUGUCCAGGCUCCAGCCCGGCCGGGCUCGGUGGCGAGGGGCUGUAUGGAGCUGUCGGCGCGGGUAUGUGGGCUGUGGGCGCUGCUGCUCUGCGCCAGCGCCGGCGGGGGCGCCGCGCCCCUAGUCUGGGGAUGGAAUCCAGGGCCUCAAACAUGCUAAGCAAGUGGUCUACCAUUGAGCUACAUCCGCAGCUUUCAGAUGUCUGCCUUGUUUACUGCUGAACCAGGCUCUCAAGAGAUUCAGCCACCUGUGACAAAUUUGAGUGUCUCUAUUGAAAACCUCUGCACAGUAAUAUGGACAUGGAAUCCUCCUGAGGGAGCCAGCCCAAAUUGUAGCCUAAGGUAUUUUAGUCAUUUUGAUGACCAGAAGGAGAAGAAAAUUGCUCCAGAAACCCAUCGUUCAAAGGAAGUCCCCCUAAAUGAGAAGAUUUGUCUGCAAGUGGGGUCCCAAUGUAGUACCAAUGAAAGUGAGAAACGUAGCAUUUUGCUGGAAAAGUGCAUCUCACCCCUGGAAGGUGAUCCCGAGUCUGCUGUGACUGAGCUUCAGUGCAUCUGGCACAACCUGAGGUUCAUGAACUGUUCUUGGCUCCCUGGAAAGAAUUCAAGUCCCGACACUAACUAUACUCUUUACUAUUGGCACAGCAGCCUGGGAAAAAUUCUUCAGUGUGAAAACAUCUACAAAGAAGGCCAAUACAUUGGUUGUUCCUUUGAUCUGAGUAAAGUGAAUGAUUCCAGUUUUGAACAACAUAGUGUCCAAAUAGUGGUCAAGGAUAAUGCAGGAAAAAUUAGGCCAUCGUUCCAUAUAGUGCCUUUAACAUCCCGUGUGAAACCUGAUCCUCCGCAUAUCAAAAAUCUCUUAUUCAAAGAAGGUACCUUAUAUGUGCAAUGGGAGAAUCCACCGAAGUUUGAUAGCAAAUGCUUAUCUUAUGAAGUAGAAGUCAAUAAAAGCCAAACUGAGAUACAUGGUAUUUUCUCCACUGACGAGGACGGAUGUCAGAAUGCAGUGUUUGAGAGAAACAUGAAGGAUACAACUUGUUUCAUGGUCCCUGGUGUCCUUCCUGAUACUUUUUACACAGUGAGAAUAAGAGUCAAGACAAAUAAAUUAUGCUAUGAGGAUGACAAACUCUGGAGUAAUUGGAGUCAAGUGAUGGGUAUAGGUAAGAAGCCCAAUUCCACAUUCUAUAUGACCGUGUUACUUAUCAUUCCAGUCAUCGUUGCGGGUACAAUCAUUGUCCUUCUGCUUUAUCUAAAAAGGCUCAAGAUCAUUAUAUUCCCUCCAAUUCCUGAUCCUGGCAAGAUUUUUAAAGAAAUGUUUGGAGACCAGAAUGAUGAUACCCUGCACUGGAAGAAGUAUGACAUCUGUGAGAAGCAAUCCAAAGAAGAAACUGACUCUGUAGUGCUGAUAGAAAACCUGAAGAAAGCCUCUCAGUGAUUGGGAUAAUUUAUUUUUGCUUCCAGUAUAAUCUUGUGAAGAUUAGUCAUAUUCUCCAUUUGUUAUCUGGGGACUCAUUAAAUGGAAACUGAAACUACUGGACCCUUUAAAAACAGGCAGCUCAUAGGAGCCACAAGUUUUUGUGUGAGUCAUACACCAAAAAUUCUAAAAAUAAUGGGCCCUUUAUAGAUGUGAGAGGAGUCAUUCUUACUGAAGUAUAAAAGCAGACAUCCUUUGUAAAGUCUUCAAACUAAGGGACAAAGCAAAACAGUGAUGAUAGCAGUAGAGUUUAAGCUUAUUUAGAGCUGUGACAACUUCCUAAGGGAUCUAUACUUGAUGCAUAUACUUUGUGUCAGGUAACACCAAAGAAUUUUAUUUGUAAGAGAACUUAUUUUUGGAUAUAAAUAGUAAUGUUGAACAUGACUCACAGAGAGUGGUUAGCAACUAAAAUUGAUAUCACCUGGUAUCUAUUGUUUGGGAUCCCAGUGAAUAAUGUUUAUGGCUACUAAAGCUCCUUAGAAGUCUGGAAACAUCUGCUGUGAUAGUAUUUUCCUCUGCUUUGAAAGCCAGAAAUCACUGUUGGCCAUGAUAAUUAAAACUAUAAAAAAAAGUAGAGGCAGCUUCUUUACCAAGACCAUUCCAUGCCAUUGCAGGCUUUUAAAUGCAGUGGAACAGAAUGACUCACUGGGUAUUAAGAGUUUGAACCAAGGAAUCUCUAAUGGUGUAUUUUUCCUCACUUCUGUUACUCAGAUCAAAUGUUGGCUACACGUUUGACUUGUGCUUGGUGCCAAGGUGUGAGGGACACACCCGACACUGGGUUUACAGGCUAGCUGGGACUCCUCAGUUCCUACCACUUUCUUUAUCUCCAACCAGCCAUUCCUUAGAUUUUUCAACUUCCCAACUUCCAUGUCAACAUUCCCUUUUUCCCCUCUCCCUCAUUCCCUUCCUCUGAUCUUUUGAAUUUCGUUGGAAAAUAGGAUAUAAAUCUGCUCAGAACACCUAAAGGAGCAGGGACAAAUUUGCAUCUCAGGUACAGUGUGAAUAGACUGAGAAACAGUGACUAAUUCUUGCAUAUUUUAUAACUUCCAUGUGAGUCUGCAGUUGUUGAGGGUUUUUAGUAUUUGAUGUUUAUGCAUUUUCUAAACUGCAAUGAGAUAUUAUCUUCACUUAGAACUUAGCUAUUUACUUGAGAAAAAAGGUAUAGUUGUAUUCAUUUCAUCUAUAAAAUGGGCCCUAGGUUCCUCUUUUCCCCGCCACAAAUGGUUAAGUAGAUUUUAUGUGUUACAUUGAUAGCCAGGGCUCCAACAUAUAUACUUAUUUUCUGCAUAUGUUAGAGUUCUAUUCUCCCCCAUACCCAUAAUGUAUGCACAUAUAUUCCUUUUCCUAUUUCCUCCAGAUUUAAAGAAGUAAAUGAGAGGUAUUUCCCCUUCUGUCUCUCACACACAGACUCAGAUUGCUAGUAGAAAUUUAAGAACAUUAUAUCACAAGUUCUCCAAGCAUUUACCAAUUCAUAGUAAUAAAAUGAUGCUAUUUGCAAUUUCUGUUCCUGGGGCAGGGGAGAUAAGAGGCCCCUGCUCUCCACAGUUUUGGAUAAACAUGGCACCCUGCUUCUAUAGUACCAGAGGAGCACUGUACUCUGGCAUUGCUGAGGAAAUUGGAAUGGGUGGUGUUUCCCUGCUGUGCUUUCAGUUUACAAGUUGGGUUGAGGUGGGAUACAGGCACAAUAAGUGUUCACUUGGUUCUGCUGUUCACUAGAAAGAAUAUUUGGUUUUCCUGUGUAGAAGUGAGAUUACUUCCUUCUUUAUAAUUCUGUGAAGCAAAGCACUGAAACGUUUCAAGCAAAGCCAUUUCUACUGUUAGCCUACUUUGAUAGCAAUGAGGAGGGGGCUUAGAAAUUCCCGAGGAACUACUGAUGGUGAUAAUCAUACAGCCUACGAGUGGGGAAAUCAUAUUUUCUUUCUAUCCUCCUCUUUUAGCAUAAAAUAGCUAAGAGAGAAGGGGCGAGUAAAUUAGGACAGUACCUAUAAUAGUUGUUAAAUUGCUAAAAAGUGAUGAUGCACAGGUCAUAGGAACUCAUGGCGGCAUUAAUAGGAAAAUAGUAUGGUUGAUAUUUUACUGUUUUCUCUGACCUGUGUGGUUUUUUUUUACCCUGUGUACCUAAGAAAACCCACUGUAAGUAUUUUCAUUUUUACUCUUUUCUGCAUCUGGGCACUGAAGGUAUACAUGAUAUUAUGUUAGCAUUUUGGUAGUGUCUUGAACUAGGGUCAUUUUGCUUAUAGGAAUGCUUGAGUAAAAUAUAUAUAAAUUGUCGUUUUGUAUGUCACCAAAAUGCUUUGGGAGGAAAGUGUUGUCAGGAGUGGGUGGUGGAGAAAAUUGGAGUUAAAAGAAUAAAUAUUGUAAAAAGAUAUUUCAAGGUAGAUGUUUUAUAAUCAUUUAUCUGAAGCUUCCCUGUGUUCUGCUGUGCCUGUGUAUUCUGAUAAUGCAUGUACUUAGUUUAAUAUUAGUAUAGUCUUUGCAAGUAGCACAUAGAGAGACUUAUGUGUAUUUGAUAAAUUGUAGUUAUAAUAAAUAAUGGAAAUGAA